UCAGCAUCCCUGGGCUUUCUUGGACUGCAGCAGAGAAACCGCUGCAUCGAAGAAGACAAGAGGAGAAAAAAAAUAGAAAAAAGAAAAAAGAAAGAAAGAAUUAAUCUAGGCUCGUUGUUCACUACCUCCGUGGCCGUGUAGAGACGCAAAUCAAGGAACGGACACUUCAGAGUCUUCAAGUUCGGUUCGAUGCACUAGAAAUUGUUUCCUCUCCUGAGUGGUUACUGGACUUUGAAUCUUGCCAGUCUGAGAUCAACUGUCUUCUCUUCAGCACUGUCUAGUUACUGCAAUCCAAUGGAAUUAGACAUCAUUACUUAAUUGCUAGUCUUCUGGCAGUUGGGUGGUAUUUCAGGGGUAAUAAAUUAGCAUAAAUCUUGCUCUGUCUGGGAAUAGAAGAUAGAAAAACAACUAAGUAACUUAUAUUUAUUGCAUCUGGUGGAAUAAAAGUGCACUAAAGCUGAAUUUAGUGCUUGUUACCCUCGUGCCAAGAUGGAGGAAACGCAUAACAACAGGACUUCCUUGGUCAGAGGUGCCAAGGACAUCGCUAAGGAAGCCAAAAGGCAAGCUGCCAAAAAUUUCAGCAAAGCUGUUGAUCGAGCCUCUGAUGAAUACUCAGCCCAUCGCAGCUACAAUCGUUUCCAAAAUGAGGAUGAAGAAGAGAACAACUACAACAGUUAUACUCAACAAGAUGGUCUUUAUGCUGACAAUGCAACCAACGAAGAGGACGGGGCCUCUAGUGAUGCCACGGAGGGUCACGAUGAUGAAGAUGAGAUCUAUGAGGGGGAGUACCAAGGAGUGCCUGCAUACAAUGAUGGGAAGCCACGGGAUGGUCAGGUGGCUCUGGGCCAGCCAGUGUCUGACAGCCUAAAGAGCCGCAAGGAACUAGAAAAUGAGAGACAAGCAGAUGAGGAAGAGCUCGCCCAGCAGUACGAGUUGAUCAUGCAGGAGUGUGGCCAUGGGAGAUUCCAGUGGCAGCUGUUCUUUGUUCUAGGUCUGGCACUCAUGUCAGAUGGAGUGGAGGUGUUUGUAGUGGGCUUUGUCCUGCCCAGUGCUGAGACAGACAUGUGUGUUCCCAACUCUGGUGCUGGAUGGCUUGGCAGCAUUGUGUAUCUGGGGAUGAUGUUUGGAGCCUUUUUCUGGGGUGGCCUCUCAGACAAAGUGGGCCGCAGACAGUGCCUGCUUAUAUCCAUGUCAGUCAACGGCUUCUUUGCCUUCCUUUCCUCCUUUGUCCAGGGCUACAGUAUGUUCCUCUUAUGCCGCAUGGUGUCUGGCUUCGGGAUCGGUGGAGCAGUACCGAUAGUAUUCUCAUACUUUGCGGAGGUGUUGGCUCGCGAGAAGAGAGGAGAGCAUCUGAGCUGGCUGUGCAUGUUCUGGAUGAUUGGAGGAAUUUAUGCCUCAGCCAUGGCCUGGGCCAUCAUCCCACACUAUGGCUGGAGUUUCAGCAUGGGAUCAGCCUACCAGUUCCACAGCUGGCGAGUGUUUGUGGUGGUGUGUGCGCUGCCCUGUGUCUCUGCGGUGGUAGCUCUCACUUUUAUGCCUGAAAGCCCCCGUUUCUACCUGGAGAUGGGUAAACACGACGAGGCCUGGAUGGUGCUCAAACACAUCCAUGACACGAACAUGCGUGCCCGCGGAGAGCCAGAGAGAGUCUUCACUGUGAACAGGAUAAAAAUCCCCAAACAGCUGGAUGAGCUGGUAGAGAUGCAGAAUGAGUCAGCCAACCCUGUACUCAAGGUCCUCUUCAAGAUCAGGGCUGAACUCAGAGGAAUCUGGUUGACAUUCAUGAAAUGUUUCAACCACCCAGUGAAAGAAAACACUAUGAAGCUGGCUGCAGUCUGGUUUACUUUGUCCUUUGGGUACUACGGGCUGUCUGUGUGGUUCCCAGAUGUCAUCAAGCACCUUCAAGCUGACGAGUACGCCUCCAGAGUGAAGAUUCAUAACAAUGAACGCAUUGAAGACUUCACUUUCAAUUUCACCCUGGAGAACCAGAUCCACAGAAAUGGGGUCUUUGUAAAUGACAGGUUCAUCAGUAUGAGGUUUAAGGCAGUCACGUUCAUCGACUCAUCUUUUCUCAACUGCUACUUUGAAGAUGUCUCCUCAGUAGGAUCCUUUUUCAGGAACUGUACCUUUGUAGACUCCUUCUUUUACAACACAGAUAUUGAUGACACCAAGCUGACAAAUUCAAGGGUGAUCAACAGCUCUUUUCACCACAACAAGACAGGCUGUCAGAUGACAUUUGAUGACGAUUACAGUGCCUACUGGGUCUAUUUUGUCAACUUCCUGGGAACGUUGGCUGUGCUUCCUGGAAACAUUGUCUCUGCUCUCCUCAUGGACAAAAUAGGACGCCUAAGCAUGUUAGGAGGUUCCAUGGUGCUAUCAGGCAUCAGCUGCUUCUUCCUUUGGUUUGGCACCAGCGAGUCAAUGAUGAUCUUCAUGCUCUGUCUCUACAACGGCCUCAGUAUCUCCGCCUGGAACUCCCUGGAUGUGGUCACCACUGAACUGUACCCAACAGACAGGAGGGGCACAGGAUUUGGCUUCUGUAAUGCUAUGUGUAAGCUGGCAGCGGUGCUGGGCAACCUGAUCUUUGGCUCUCUAGUUGGCAUCACCAAGGCCAUUCCCAUUCUGCUGGCAUCAUCCGUGUUGGUUGGCGGCGGGCUAGUGGGGCUCCGACUGCCAGACACACGUGCCAAUGUCCUCAUGUAAACCUCAGCACAGAACAGUAUGUUGUUUACCAGGUAUUUUCUCAGUUUACUGAAUAGCAACAUAUUUACAGAAAGUGAUUUGUUAAAAUAUUUUUGAAACGCGCUUUGCAGUUUGUUUUUUAUUUACUUUUUCCCCAUAAAAUAUGCGGAAUAUGUUCACAAACUCAGAUUCAUGAUGAGUUUUAUUAUUCUGUUAUUUCUGAGAGAAAUGCCUGGUAAAUUAGGAUAAUGAAAUGCAGUUUUGCAGAGCUGUAGGUGUACAGAGGAGCUUCAUUUAGAAUAUCAAAUGUUAUGCCAGUGGCUUUUUACCAGAGCUAUUGGUAUUCUUGCAGGAAUUUGGAGGGAAAAAAAAGCUUUUGAGAAGCAAGCUAAAUUUAUCAGUGGUGAUUAAAGUCUUUAUAACAGCAGCUCAUUGCAGCUCAGCACUAAAAUGGGCGGUUUCACACAUGCAGCCCACAAAUGCAUGUGCCAAAGCUGCAAAAGGCUUGGGCUUCUAGCAACCUUCACCUUCUGAGUUCCACUCAGUUGUAUGCUGAUUAAAGGAAAUGUGUGACGUUUUUGUUUACAUAUGCAUUUGAAGCCACCAGCAGCAGCUCAGGUUUGCCAACUGUCAAGCUUUUGGCAUGAGACACUUGCUUUGAGGCUCUACCUCGUGUGGCUCAUGCUGGUCAAUAAUUUGCUUGCCCUUAGUCAGCAAAAGGACACACAGUCCAAAAUAACUGAAGACCUUUCAUGCACAAUGACUGCACAAAAUGCUGAGAACAGGAGUUCAGUUUAUUGCUUGCAGCUGUUUAUAGGAGUCUUUCCAGUGACUUUUGCUUAAAUUUGUAAAUGUUAUAUAGCCUAAGGAUCCAUAUGAGCAUCUCCAAAAGAGUUAAAGAAAAGAGUUAAAAACAUUUAUGAACAUGACACACAAGUGAUAAAGAUCUGUCAGCAAAUGAUGCUCUACUUUUUCCCAGACAGGUGAUGUCACACACAGUCACAGUUUUCAUGCUGCAGUUUAAUUACUUGUUUAGCCUUCUCUAUUAUAGCUAUUAGGACAUUUUUAAUUUACUGUGUGUACAAGUCUCAUCUGUUUUCUAAAGUUUUUAUUUUUAUUCGUUUGUUUAUUGUAGACAGUUUUUCAUUCCACAGUUGCUUUCUGUAGCAGUAAUCUUUUUCAUGUAUCAAUGCGUGACUGUAACUACAUAUAGGAGCAGUUACCCUCUUGUAAAGGGUUGGGCAAUAAAUUUUUGAAAGGGGCCAAAUUAGAAAUUGGGACUGUUGCGGAUGUCUGCCCAAUGAGUUUAUAAAGAUAUAAAAUUAAAUUGUGAGCAUAACUGAGUUCAGCUUAUUAGUGUAAGCCUCCAAAAUAGUCCCCCUUUAUUUAUUGGCCCCUUGGGACAAUUAUUUGCUCAUAUCUCAUGCUAUAGUCAUUACAGUAACUAUGACCAGUAACAAUGAAAACACUUUUAAUGGUAUAAGGUACAGUUAUCAUUAUCAUUGGACAUGGUUAGGAUCUUCAGUGUUCAUUAUAAAAUCAUGAAAUAUCAUAAAUAAACCUAAAGCAAAUUUGUCAUCAACAUAUAGCACCAGGAUGGGGAAGGAGGUAUUGUUUUGAGUUAAAACUUGAAAGUUGGCAAUGUUGGCUUGCUUAAAAAGAAAUUAUUUAUUAAGUGUUUAUAAUUA